AUGUCGCUAAACAACCUACUGGUUUCUAACGUUAAAAGAAAACUGCACAGGCGGGACUCUUCAGAGAGUACUAGUAGUUCACACGUAGAGAAAACAUUGAAAGAGCUUUCGAAUGACACGCCGAGCGACGCCAUUGACGACGCAUUCGAAGGUGACGAAGUUUUCCAAGUGCUCAAUAUGUCUGAAACUUUGGCUAAGAAAAUAAAAGAAAUAUCUCGUAAAUUGAAUAAGCUUGAAGCCAUUGAAGAGAAGGUAAAAAUGCUGGAUAGUAUUGAACAGAAGAUAGAAAGUUUCUCUUCGAAGCUCAGUGAUAUGAAAAACUCUGUCAAGGCGCUGAGGAGUAAACUGAACUCUUUAAGUGAAGCGCAAGGAAAAUUAAUGAUUUGA